AUGGCCUACGAGACAGAGGAGACUCAAUACUGCUAUCCCGCCUUCAACUCAUCAUGUGUCAAAGGGAAACGCUCCAAUUAUGAAUCCAAUAUCUUGUAUGUGUUUUUUUCAUUGCUGUCAGCAUGGACUGUGUUUCUGAACCUGCUGGUGAUCAUCUCCAUCUCUCACUUCAAGAAGCUUCACACUCCAACCAACAUGAUUAUUCUCUCUCUGUCUGUGGCUGAUCUGCUUGUUGGACUUAUUGUGAUGCCAAUAGAGGCCAUUGAACUCAUUGAGACUUGUUGGUACUUUGGAGAUGCAUUGUGUAACCUGUUUUUAAUACUAAUGGGUCUCCUUACUUCUACAUCUCUUUGUAGUUUAGUUUUCAUAGCUGUGGAUCGUUAUGUGGCUGUGUGUCACCCUUUAAUGUAUCCACAGACAAUAACAAUGAACAGGACUUUAAUUAUUGUUUGUUUCAGCUGGUUUUUUUCUUCAGCUUAUAAUAUUAUUUUAAGCAUCACACAUACAACAGACGGGUGCUAUGGUGAAUGUAAUGUUCAACUAACUUUUGAAUGGAAAGCGACUGAUUUAGUACUUUCCUUCCUGCUUCCUUGUACAGUGAUCAUAACUUUACAUUUGAGGAUAUUUUAUGUUGUACAUCAGCAAGUUAAAGUGAUCAACUCUCAAAUGAAGAGUGAAAAAUGUGUAACGGAAGGUUCAGUAAAGAGAAAAUCUGAGAGCAAAGCUGCUUUGAUAUUAGGAAUUAUUGUGGCAAUUCAUCUGAUUUGCUUUAUUACGUAUUAUAUCCUGACUCUAACUGAUAGCAUAGCAAUUCCACCCGCCGUACUCUCCUGUCUAAUAUGGUUUUUAUACAUUAAUUCAAGUCUGGAUCCUCUUCUCUAUGCUCUCUUUUACACCUGGUUUAGAAAAUCAAUCAAACACAUCUUAACUCUUAAAAUAUUUCAACCGGAAUCCUCUCAGGUCAAUAUUUUGACAAAUCAUUAA